AUUUUCGCGCGUGCCCUUGACGCGUGACGCACACUUUGAACGCGACGCCGUGCAAAAGCAGACGUACAUAUUCUAUUAUAUAUUUCUAUUCUUGGUAGGUUUAUGAUCGGUAAUAUUUUGAAGAGAAGAGUCAUGUCGAUGAAGGUGCCCGAAGUGGACAUCGAUGCCAGCGGUGUCUUCAAGUACAUCCUGAUCAGACUGCAGAUGACCGAGUCGAAAGGUGCGGAAGCCUUGAAGACGGAAGUCGUGAGGGGAUACGAGGAGUGCCCUUAUCACAGUGACAUUAGCGACAAGUUUACGGAGCAGCUGCAGAAGUUGAAGCAAUCCGGGGAGCUUGUGGAUUGGAAGACGAAGGUGUUGGGUGGCGGCAGGAUCAAUCACGAUGCCGCUGCAAAAACCAUCCGGGUUUACGGAUACUCGCAGGGUUACGGUAAGGCGGAUCAUCAGGUUACGGUAAAUAUAUUGAAGAAAGUCUACAAGGACUACGAUAUCACUUGGAGCGAUGAGGGAUAUUGAUUAGAUAAGCACACACACACACACACAUGCAGUACCAACCAACCAACCAACCACUCACUUACUCAUCCAUCUCUAUCUAUCUAUCGUUAUAUAUACAUAGUAUAGUGUACAGGCUGCCAACAAUGCCAACAAAUCUAUUGCUAGAUUAUCAGCUAUAUUAUAUUAAAGUAUGAAAUAAAAGAGUGAAACGCAA